AUGGCGUCGACAUUGGCAAUAUCGGUCGAACCACUCAUCGCGUCGCGUCGCGAAGUGCCGUCUUGGUGCCGCAGCCCGCUCUGCCCCUGGCGCUCACUGGGCUGCUUCUUCUGGAAGGCUUCUAGCGAGGUCCACUGCUGUCAGGGGUCGUCGUCGAGAGGUGUAAAACGUCGCUCUGUAGAUCUCGAAGUCCUUCCUGGACAUUUCAGUCAGAAGAGAGCGGUCUAUGACCAACACCCUCUCACCAUCGUCAUGGGAUGAAAGACAUCUCAUGGUCCUAUGGUGAUGAGCCAUGGUUUCGUUGUCGAGAACGUUUGGCAAUGAGCGAAGUCGACUUAAGAGCGGAGUGGGGUCAAAGGCCUUCGAAGAGCAUCAUGAGGUAAAGACUGGAUGGACAACAUCAAACAAAUUCAAUUCCAGGAAUAAUGGGGGAGCCCGUUCUUUUCGGCCAGCUCGAUCGAGUCUGACUUACAUUCCGAGUCCAACCAUCACCACCUCCAUCUGGAAUGGUACCCAAUCGCAUCACCGCCGCAAGCUUAUUUCCCCAAGAAAAAAGAGAAAGGCUUCUUGUGUGACUCUUCUGGCUGAAUUUUUUUCUAAAACCUCUAUGCAAGGUUCACGCAGGACGGCCCACGAACGAACCGUUCGAACGCGCGUUACACUCGACGAUGGCGCAAGCUACAAUAGUCACUUACAGAAAGCCACGAACGAAGUUGGAAAAGAAAGUUUUCUUUCGGUGUGUGUGUCACAACAGGAACAAAACCCAUUGGCUUAUGACUUCCCAAAGAUUCGAGCGGUGUCCCAGCUGGGAAUAGUCUCUUCCCUCUUAUGGACGCCGGGAUUCGUAACCUUCAAGCAGCUUAUUCUCAGAAUCAUCACUCAUCCCUUUCCCGCCCAAUGUCAGCCCUGACUUUGCCUAUGAAAAACAAGGCUGAACUACGUACACCACCAUCACCAUCACCGGUUUAUGCGUGGACCUUCACCCCGGGCUUUGUGACCAACGGAUCAAUUAAGGUUUUCAAAGUUAGGGUAACGAAGCUUCUCGACCCCGUCACCCCAACCUCCGGUUUAUGUCCCCGCUGCUUAUCAUGUGGCUGCGUACGUCAAACCAAAGAACAAAAAACUCCCGUUCCAACAUCCCAAAAGCGAAAAGACGGGAGAAAGCGAAAAUCUGUCAG